AUGGUCUGUACUCCUGGUUGCCUCACCGGGUGAGUUGUUCCGCGGGCCCACUCCUCUCACCCCUUUCUCACAGACAAUUCAUCAAACACCUGACAGCCAACAAACCCUAAAGCAAACAUUGCUCCCCUUUCUUUCUUUCUCUUUAAAUCCUCUUUAAACAGACAGAUUGUAGUAUAAACUUUGCGUGAAUCCAAGGGUUUGUUGCCAAAUGACAUGGAAAAUGGAAGCUGUGGAAGAAAUCGACCCUGUUCUGGAGAAGAUUUGGGAUUUGCACGACAAGCUCAGCGAUGCUAUUCACUCUAUUUCCAGGACUCAUUUUCUUCAUUCUGUUAAAUCGGUUCUUCGGGCAGAUUCGGGGCGGAAGAGAAAUGGGUUUGGGGGGGAUGAGGAGAAUGGGAAUGGGUUUGUGUUUGUUAAGGGGUUUCCGGUUGAUGAUUCGGCUAUUCGUGAGGCCAAGUCUCUUAAUGCUAUUCGAACUGCUCUCGAAAACCUCGAAGACCAGCUGGAGUUUCUCCAUACCGUGCAAAUUCAGCAGCAAGCUGAAAGAGAUGCUGCAAUUGCUCGUUUAGAACAAAGCCGGAUUGUUCUUGCUCUGCGUCUAGGUGAGCACCAAGGCAAGAACUAUGAAGUCAUUGAUGAAGCUAGAGCCUUUGUGGGAACUGUACGAGAGGCUACCAACUUCGCUCCACCUGAUAAUAAUUAUUGUUCAGCAGCAUGUCCAUCUGGUAAGAGUUGCCUGCAUCAAGAGGUGAAGAAAUCAAAUGCGGUCUUCAAAAUUCUCAUAUCUGGUUUAAAUUUUGCCAAGAAAACCAUAAAAUCAAAUCAUUUCACUGGGAUAUUGGGGAAUGCAGCUCUGUUUGCUGUGAGCAUGGUGGCAUUGCUGCAUCUGCAGCAGGCAUCUUCCAGGAGCAGAUACAUUUCACACCUCCCACAAAUGCAAGAAGAUAAUAUUCGUGGGAAAAAUGUGACAAAAGUUUCUCGACCUGAGGAGUCUGCAUCCAGUGUUCCAGCGCAAAUGGAUGUCUUGUUGGCUAGGGGUUAAGUGUCAAUUUUUUUUCCCCAAACAUCUUUGGGUUCAAAAGAUGACAUUCAUUCUAGUGAGUUAUUAAGUUUUGAAAUGCUUAGGAAAAGCGCAAUUAUGUACCACGAGUGUUUAGAUGUGCUGGGAAUGAGGUUCAAAUAGUACCCUCAGAUCUUAAUGUUCACCCUACUCUUUUAGAAACUUGGUUUGUAUAUAUAACAAAUUCUCAGCUUAGUUCAGCGUCAUAUAUAUGAACAUUCUUCUUCAGAAUGCCAUUGUCUUAUUGGUAAUGAAAUUUUUAUUUCUUUUA